AUGCGAAAUACAAGAAGAUUACUUAUCGUCGUCUACGUCGAUGACGAUGGGAUCCACACUAGGCUACAAACCGAUAACGAUUUAGAUGAGUGUUUGGAGUAUUUUGGUGGUGACUGCGAUGAUAAUAUCACUCUCAACUUGGAAAUCCUCGUCGAUUACGAUGGCCCUUCACUCUCUGAUGCUGCGACGUCGAUAUACAACUCUUCUUCUUCCUCUGAAUCGGUUAGCUACGGCGUGAAGGAUGCUGAUAAUUGCUCUAUUUCACUCUCUCAAUCCUCUUCUGAGAAAUCAACUAAAAAGUCAUUCUCACUGCGUUCAUCACUCUCGAAACUAUCCGUCAAGUACAAAGAGCAGGCAAUGAAGAUGGCUUCUAAACAGCCAAAGUCACUAGCCUCGUCAUCCAACCACAAUACAAAGAUUGAUAGUAUCUCAGACACUAUGACGCAACGGCAACCAGAGGUACACAAUGAGCGCGACGAAGAUGGUGAUGUUGAUGAUGACUAUGAAUCAGCAUCUCAAGCCACUCAUAACCCAUUAAAACCGUCAGAGUCUACACCCUCUCUCAACACCUCCACUGAGCUUUCCAACAAGCUUGUAAUCGCAGAUGGUUCUAAUAAUGGUCCAGAUAGAGGUGAUUUAGCAGUGCGUUGGUUUGCUGAUCAAUCUGAAAGAGCACUUUUGGCUACAUUUGGCACACAGCUAGCACCAUCUGAGUCUACAGCUACAGAUACUCUUACAGCUACGUCAGAUGACUAUCAAUCAAAUUUCGAUUCUGAGUCUGUCUCUCUAGCUCUAGAGCGUGACGGGAAGGGGUCUUAUAGGUAUACGCUUACUGGAUCAAAUGAUGGAAUAUUCAUCAAUAAUGACGUUCCUCUUUGCAGCAGUUGUGGAAAAUUACUCGAUAACUUACGCUACAUCUGCACAACUUGUGGUGUAUCCAGUUGUGAAUAUUGUCCGGAUUGCAUUGAAGGAGCAGGUGCAGUACACGCAAUUGAAAACACUCCCAAGCACGCUUUCAGGGAGUGUGUUAGAUCAGAUCAGGGUUGGAUAGAAGUAGAUUAUGGUGAUGAAAGAGAUUGCUCUAUAUGCAAAACACAGCUAGAAGUUAAUUUCAAAUGCGUCAGUUGUCAAUCCCUUAACCUUUGUAGGAGAUGUUGGAGUAGUGUGGGAGAUAUACACCCCUCACAUGCUUUUCUUGAAUUGCCACAAACUGUGGUGGGGAGACAGACGAGACAGGCUGAAAGAGAGAGCGCGACGGAGAGACGCUCGCAAGCUGCUGGUGCUGCUGCGUCGAAUGGAUCUCUAGCAGCGACAAGCACUCCACAGCAUAAUCGUAAACACCAGAAUGUUUUCUGUCAUCACUGUCUGGGCGAUAUUAUUGGACCACGAUUUCACUGCGCAGUAUGUGCACUGUACGAUUUGUGUCAGAACUGCGAAAGUCUCGGAGCGGCAGAUGGGAAUGGUCAUGAUGAGACGCACGUGAUGAUGAAAAUACCCUUGCCGUUAUCGUUACAUGAAGUGCAGCAGGUAUCAGCGCGCGCAAGACGCAUGUGGAAUAGCGAUAGGAACGGUACACCUACCAUCCAGACUGAAAAUACUCAGUUGCGUGGUAUGGAAAGUGGUGUGGUCACCCACAAUUUUACUCCAACUAACCAUCACACGCGGUGUAAUGGUUGCAAUACCAACAUUACAGGCGAGCGUUAUGCGUGUUUGCACUGCUCUGGUGAGUAUAAUCUGUGCUCGGAAUGCGAGAAUAUGUCGUACGUUCUCCACGAUUCAUUGCAUAUUUUCCUCAAAUUGGAUUAUCAAUUACGUGAACCAGGAUUGAGAGGGAUGGGAGGUAGUAUACCGGUGUUAUAUCAUUUACCAGCAGGUAAAACAGUUGAUGGGAGUGAUACACACACUGGACCUAACGAGUAUCUAUCGACAAUCAGACAUGACAAGGUGGUUUGUGAUAGGUGUAUGGAACCAGUAAUGGGAAAGUGGUUUAGAUGCGUAAAUCUAGCUGGUAGUUACGAUCUAUGCUCGUCGUGUGAACCCAGUGAUAGUCAUAAAGGGGAACAUAUAUACCUAGUUAUGAAGAGUAUAGUGGAUAUGGAUUUAUUCGCGGAUUUCGCAGAAAUAGGUAGCGACUCAGGCAAAGCAUUGUUACCUGGAUUAGCUUAUGCUAGUUGA